AGUACACUCUUAAUGAGUAUAGACUGCCUACAGAGAUAGUGAGAGGACGAGUGACAGUAGAUUUUACAUAUGCUUCUGUCAUUUUACCCGUAGCUCUGGAGCAGGGACACGAGGGACCUAGGUUGAAAAUAUCUGAAGACAUUUGAGAAUAAAUAGAAAAGAGCUGGAACUGAGCUACUUAUCAUGAGGUGCAAUCUCUCACACUGUGUCUUGUGCACAGUUUUAGUCAUCCAGCUGUUUCUUCUGACUGUGCACGUAAAUGCUGGGGUUGUGGAUGACUUCAACCAUAUUGAGCGCUGUAAGGAUUCUCUCUACAUGGGCACUCCGCCUCGAGGCUACCUUAGCAACUCUCUUAAGAAGAUAUGUCAGCGAUAUGAAGACAAACCCCGCUUCGUCUCCCUGUACGACCCCCAGAAACACAUCCCUGUGUACUCUGCCUAUACUUUUAAGAAGUCUGACGGGGAGAAGAGAGUGGACUUUCCUUGGAUGUUUGAACCACAGUUGGCUUCUGACAAGGGCAGCAGUAAUAUGGAGCCCUUCCCCCAGUCCUCCCACAUGCAUAAGAACUUUGAGGACACGCAGGCCGUGCUGGAGGACUAUGCUGACGUGGUACAGUACGAACGUGGCCAACUGAACCCAGACCAGCACCAGGCCGACCCGAUGGACAAAGCUGCCACUUACACCCUCACUAACGUGGUGCCUCAGAUUAAGGAGUUCAGUGUUGGGCCUUGGGCCGCACACGAGCAGCUCAUCCGCAAACGCCUCAACAACUACUGCCGCGGAACGGCCUACAUCAUUACAGGGAUCACGACCUCUGGCAACAUGAUCCGCCGUGAUAACUUGGACCGUGUGGCCAUUCCUGAAUAUAUGUGGACUGCUUAUUGCUGCACCGACUUUGAUCAUAACGCACCUUAUUCAGUGCGCUACAAGUUCCCAGUGUUCAGUGCAUAUGGACUUAAUGACCAUGUCAAUAACAACAUGGUGGAGGUUCCCAUUAAGAAUUUGGAAAAGUUUCUGAGGGGUAGAAUGGAUGUGGACAAGAACUUCCAGAUCUUCUAUAAUGACUGUGUGGCUGACUAAUAAGGUGUUAUCAAAUGAUAUAAUCUGCCACUGCAUUGCAUUUGCCAUUAUAUAAUCAGAGGCUGUGAUCCUAAUACUAAUGAGUGUAUUUUUGGUGGCAUAUAUUUGAAGUGUCUCAUUACGAAUUGCUGUAUGUCCAUUCAUAACCAUUUCAGAUAUAAUGAAGUUGAAAAGAAAAACAGCUGAUGUUUAACGUAAAAAACGUAUUAAUCAUGAUAUAGCAUUGAUACGUCUUGUGUAAAGCCACUCUCAACAACAUAUAGAGUGAAAAAAUACAUAAUUAA